AAAAUAAGAAUAUUCGUUUCGUAACGACUGACCGCGACGGCUGUGUGACAUUGACCGUAAAUAAUAAUACAAAUAUUUCACAUAGGAGUGUGAUUAAAAAGAAAUUGUAAAUGAAUUAGAAGCUUGCAACAAAUAUUAGAAAAAUGCAAUCGCUACGGAGAUCAGCUGUGUAUUGGACUAAUGUCAAUAAACAGUUCACAAGAUCAGUGUCAUUAAAUAAUGUUGAGGAGAACACAACUGAAAACCUUAAAUCAUGGCAGGAAAUCCCCGGACCCUCGUCGCUACCUCUCAUUGGGCAAUUGCAUCACUUCCUACCAGGAGGAUACUUAUCUAAGCGCAGUGAUCUUCUAAGUGAAAAAAACUAUAGAAAGUACGGACCAAUUGUCAGAUUUCAAGGCUUCUUUGGAUCACCUCCGGUGAUAACACUGUAUGACCCAGAAGUUAUAUCCCAUAUAUUGCGGAGUGAAAACACGUUGCCAAUUCGUCCUGGAUUGCAAUCCCUGGAAUAUUUCAGAACGAAAGUAUUAACGAAAGAGGGGUAUCCCCCGGAUACUCCAACUGGUUUGAUAACAGAUCAAGGUGAGGUAUGGAAAAAAUUUCGAUCAACGGUCAAUCCCAUUAUGCUGCACUCCAAAAUCAUAAAAUUGUACAAGGAAACUCUAAAAGAAGUGGCAGAUGAUAUGGUGAAGCGAAUGAGACGAAUACGCAAUGAUAAGAACAUACUUACAGAAAAAUUUGACAUGGAGAUGAAUUUAUGGGCACUAGAAUCCAUAGCAGUGGUAGCGCUUGGUGGGCGUCUUAACUGCCUGGAUGAAAAUUUACCAGACGACUCUCAUGCGAAAAGACUAAUUCAUCAAGUUCAUAAUAUAUUUAUUUUAUCAGACAAAUUGGACUUCGCACCCGGCUUAUGGAGAUACAUUCCAACACCAACCUUUAACCGAGCGAUGAAAUAUUACGAAGAACAAAUGAAAACAAGUAAAUUCUUCAUAACAAAAGCUAUGAAAAAAUUUAAAAAUACUCAAAAGUCUUCUAAUGAUGAAAAAAGCGUUCUUGAAAAGUUGUUUGAAAUUGACGAACAUAUUGCAGUCAUUAUGGCAACCGAUAUGUUAUUUGCUGGAGUUGAUACAACGGCUAACACAAUAACAGCAAUACUUUAUCAUCUAGCUUCGAACCCAGAUAAACAAAGCAAACUACGAGAAGAGAUCAUGUCGAAAGAAGAAAAACAGCCCUAUCUGAAAGCAUGCUUAAAAGAAUCUAUAAGAUUGAUGCCAGUUGUCGCAGGAAACAUGAGGCAAACUAGCAAAGAAUAUAAUCUUUUUGGAUACAAAGUACCUAAAGGGAUGUACAUUAUGUUUGCGCAUCAAGCAUUAUCUGUAAUGGAAGAAUAUUAUCCACGUUCGAAAGAGUUUAUUCCUGAAAGAUGGAUCGUGGAGAAGGGUGAUCCACUAUAUCAUGGAAACACGCAUCCAUUUGCUUAUAACCCUUUUGGAUUCGGUGUUCGAAGUUGCAUAGGUCGACGUAUAGCUGAGUUGGAAAUUGAAACAUUCCUCACUACGGUCCUUGAAAAUUUCAAAAUUGAAUGGGUCGGACCGCCUCCGAAGAUCCACACCAGUACUAUCAACUACAUUAAAGGACCUUACAACUUUGUUUUUAAGGAUCUUUAAUGUUUAUAUAUUUUUAGGCUGUCAUAAAGAAAUAAUAAAAUAAUUUUCUAAUUUA